AUGCUGCGGGGUGAGUUGGGCCGACAGCAGCUGCUGAUAGCUGCUCGCGCGCAACCUCGGUGCCGUGCUACGCCUGAAGGUUCAUUGCCUGCAGAGCUUUGGAGCCUGAUCAUGCAAACCGGACCACUCGCAGUGGAUCAGCCCGCCUGGAUUGCGACUGAAGCCGUCAGGUUCUUCGAGGCAGUGCAAACUUUAGGAUACAAUCCGCAAGCUUGGUGUGAUGGUUUUGGAUGUGCCAUCCCCAAAACAGGCGGCAGCCCUGGCCCCAGCGGUCAGCGCAUCAUCAAUUUGUUGGACCCUGGCGGUAAGAUGUUUUACAAGGCCCUUUGGAAUGCCACUCCAGACCAACCGGCUGCGCAUCAGUAUGGGUAUGCUGCAGGUCGCUCCCGACGAGAUGCUAUCUUGCAUGUUGAGGCUUGGCUUGAUCGUCUUCGCUUCAACAAACUGCACACGGCUGCCAUCUUGUUUGACCUGACGAAGGCUUUUGACACACUCAGCUUGCCCAGCACCGAGCAAGCUGUGCGAGAUACACACCUUCAGCCUGCUGCCGAACAGCUCUUGCUUGACCUAUACACCGCAGACUUCGAAUUCGGAGGGGGCACUGGACCACGCAUUUUCCGCAUUGCGUACGACUCAUGCGUCCUUGAAUGGGAGCAGGCCUCCGCUGCUGACGAGAGCGAGUUCCUGGUUGACUAUGCAGGCCAGCAACUCUUUCUGGGCGUCGCAGCUUAUGCUGACGAUCUCAUCCGGAUUGUAAUCGGGCGCAACCUCCAGCAGCUUGCUACCACAGCGUCACAGAAUCUUGCCUCACUUGAGGGCGUCCUGCAACCUCGGAAUCUUCAGCUGAACGAGCGUAAGGGUGAAACACUUUUGUCCUUCAGUGGCAAGGGCGCCUAUAAGGCAGCGCGCGAUGCUCACGCUGGGCACUGGCCCUGCUACCCGCCCAAGCUGGUGGUGAAGUACCUCGGCGCGCAGAUCCAUGCGACUGGUUCCCUCAGCGCUGAAAUACGCAAGCGUGUGGCAUCUGCAAAGGCUGGCUUUGCUCGAUUUGCCCGUUUCUUUAAACGCAGUCAAGUGCCUCUGCCUCGAAAAGUUCUUGUCUUCAAGGCUGUGGUAAAUGAGGCCUUGCUUUCGGCAUUGGAAGUGCGCCCGCUCAGCAGGGUUGAUGAGCGAGCACUUGAGAGUGCUCGCGGGUUGCUCCUUCGACGACUUUUUGGGCGACAGGGAUACGGUGCAGUCGCUGGUGACCCUCAAAACCGCUCCGUCACCAUUGACAGCUUGCGCCGUCGGGCUAAUUUGGCCACUGUGGCUUCAGAACUACGUGUUCGCAGACUCUUGUGGUUGCGCAAAGCUCUCCUUUACGAGCUAGACGGGCAGACCCGCCUUGAGCUGGCGGCGCUCUUCGGAGUGAGCAACAAGCUACACAACACACUCAUGCCCGGCACUGGUGCUCCUUCGCAGCAUGCUCCUCGCUUUCUGCAUCUGCUGUUUCGUGAUCUGCAGUCAGUACUUGUUGGUUUUUCUGGUUUUUCCGGUAACUGGAAAACUUGUUUUCUGCAAGUGUCAGUCGCUGCCUUGCGUCGACUUCGCACGGUGAGCUCCCCCCAAGCUGCCAACGAUGCUGCAGACGUGGUCGUGCCGCAGGUCGAAGCCAACGCUUCUACAGACGAUGAGGCUGCUGUGGCGCCUGCGGUUGUUGCACCACCAGUUCCGGUUUUCAGCUGCCAGCUUUGCGACUGUGGACCUUGGCGCACUGCCCGUGCUCUGCAGGGACACAUGGUGAGCAAACAUCGCUUCCGGCACGCUUUGCAGGACACAAAGCCCGAGCUCCAGCACAGCGCCCCCCAGCUGCAUCGACUGUCAACCAGCGCUCCAUUGCUGAGUUCUUCGCGGUACGAAAUGCCGAGCAUGGACUUCCUGCAGCCGCCAGCGGUGACGAGCCCGACAACACGGGCUCCCAAGCGCACGCGUUCGGACGGGCCUCGGGCAGCGGGCAUGAAUCCUCUCGAGCAGCAAGUCAAGGAACUCAGCCUGAAGCUGGACAAGGUGUGUCAGCUCGUUGUCAGCCACGACCACAGCAUCAGGGAGAUGGAGGCUUGGAGUACUCGCACCUGGAUUUUCGAGAAGGAGAGCGAGCUCUCCACGGUGCUCAUGAGCCACAUGAAUCAGUGGAAGCAGCAUCUACCUCCACAAGGCCAGCCGCAUCCGCACGGCCCUGCCCGUCUCACGGUUGGCGCGGGUCUGGCCAAGUGGUUGUUGGAGGAUCCGGAUCGUCGUCAAGCAAUGCCCAAGUUCACAACCAUGCAUGACGCUAUGACUGGUCUCACUGACAUGCAUAACAGCAUCCAGCUCGCAUAUGUCAAGGUGAUUAAGGAUGGCAGAACACUCCUCAAGCUGCGCCCACAACAAUCCGCCAGUGAUGAGUGGACAGAGGCUUUCACUUGGAUGCAGCAAUCUUUGGCCUCGCUCAAGGCGGAAUCCAAAGAUGCGGCACCGCCUGGCCCACUUGUUCGCAGCUUGACUCGCCGAGACAAGCCUGCUGAAGCCGCAGAGUGA